GAGCUUUUGCAAGCGGCGCGGCCGGCCUGCGAGCUGCGGCUGUAGUCACUUCCCAGACUUCCUCCUAGUUCUUUGCGGCCGGCCGGGUGAGGCCGGGCUCGCGCGGGGGGCAAGGCGACAACUGCCUCCGGCGGAGCCGGCGGCGCGGCAGAGGCUGAGAGCCGCCGCCUUCGCAAGCGCCCCGGCCGGCCCGCGACUUCGCAACGUGCUCCAUGCAUCCGGAGCCCGCCCCGCCCCCGAGCAGCUACAGCCCCGAGCUUCCCCUCAGCGGCGGUAGCACCACAAGUGGCAGCCGCAGGAGCCGCCGCCACAGCGGGGACGGGGAGCCCCCAGGGUCGUCGCCGCCGCCGCCGCCCGCCGUUACCUAUCCGGACUGGAUCGGCCAGAGUUACUCCGAGGUGAUGAGCCUCAACGAGCACUCGAUGCAGGCGCUGUCCUGGCGCAAGCUGUACUUGAGCCGCGCCAAGCUCAAAGCCUCCAGCCGGACCUCAGCUCUCCUCUCCGGCUUCGCCAUGGUGGCCAUGGUGGAGGUACAGCUGGACGCUGACCACGACUAUCCGCCGGGGCUGCUCAUUGCCUUCAGCGCCUGCACCACGGUGCUGGUGGCCGUGCACCUGUUUGCGCUCAUGAUCAGCACCUGCAUCCUGCCCAACAUUGAGGCGGUGAGCAACGUGCACAAUCUCAACUCAGUCAAGGAGUCGCCCCACGAGCGCAUGCACCGCCACAUCGAGCUGGCCUGGGCAUUCUCCACUGUCAUCGGUACACUGCUUUUCCUGGCCGAGGUUGUGCUGCUCUGCUGGGUCAAGUUCUUGCCCCUCAAGAAGCAGCCGGGGCAGCUGCGGCCCACCAGCAAGCCCCCAGCUGGUGGUGUGGCCGCCAAUGUCAGCAGUGAUACCAUCACCCCAGGCCAAGCUGCCGCCAUCGCCUCCACCACCAUCAUGGUCCCCUUUGGCCUGGUCUUCAUCGUCUUUGCUGUCCACUUCUACCGCUCACUGGUCAGCCAUAAAACGGACCGACAGUUCCAGGAGCUCAACGAGCUGGCUGAGUUCGCCCGCUUGCAGGACCAGCUGGACCACAGAGGGGACCAUCCCCCAACACCCGGGAGCCACUAUGCCUAAGCCCUCCCAGGCCUGGAUGCCUCAGAGCUUUGGCCUUAUCCCCUCCCCCACGACUCUGCCCUGCCUGGCCUCAAGGACAGCCUGCCAAGGGGGCUGGGCUUUCAUCAGGGGGCCAAAUGUGGAGGGAAGAGGUUUUUUUUAAAGAGAAAUUACUGCACUUUGAAACUUUCCCCUAAGACAAUAAGCACUUCCUGUUUUUCCAGCUCUGGGUUCACCUCCUCUUUGGAGGCCACCACCGGGAGCCAGAGCAGGGACAAAUGCUCCCUUUGUCCUUCCUCCUCCCUUGUGCCAGUGCCACCUGGAUGCUUCCUGUCCUUUGCAUCUUGAUCCCCUCCCCAUUCAGCAUCGAGUAGUGUGUGUGUGUGUGUGUGUGUGUGUGUCCUUUGCAUCUUGAUCCCCUCCCCAUUCAGCAUCGAGUAGUGUGUGUGUGUGUGUGUGUGUGUGUGUGUGAGAGAGAGAGAGAGAGAGAGAGAGAGAACACAUAAAUAUACUCAAAAGGGACAUAUCCUCUUAUGUCUGUAUUUGUUGGUCUGGACUGCCUGGUAUAUCUCCCAGUGCCCCAAUCAGGUGAGCCUCUAAGUAAAAUUUUUUUGACUUUUACUUUGAGAAAUUUCAAACAUACAAAAAAGUUCCAAGAGUAGUAACUGAAAUACAUAUACAUUCAAUUCUUGCUAUUCACAGCAGUCAUGUUCUAUAAGUCACUGAACACUGAAUUAGUGGAACACUUGAACCAUUGUUUGUAGCAGAAGUACGGGGUUUGGUUCCUGUGAGUCUCCGAUCACAUGUUUGCCAGUCAGUCAGUAUGUAACCUUGUUUUAUGUGUUUCUGUUUAAAGACACCUUUAAUACAAAUUGUUGAUUCAUUAACAUUGGACUCAUGGCCAGUAGCACUAUAGCUCAUGACUGCUUGAAGCUUAUUUAACAUAGGUAUUUUCUCUGGAAGGCCCUUUUUUGUAAACUGAAAUCAUCAACAAAAAGCACCAAAUGUGAAAAAUGUGGCUGUAAAUAGACUGUGCAGAGGACACUUGUUUACAGUAUGAGAGAUUGAACAAGAAGGUAGAGUGUUGCCUCGUUCAACUUCAGCAAGUAGGCAAAUUCGCAAAUACUAAAACCGUGAAUGAUGAGCUUCAACCAUGUUUCUCCCUAGACUUGUGCAUUAGUUGCAUAUAUCACCCUUUAUGCCUAAAUACUUCCUCCUAAAACAAAGGACAUUCCCCUACAUAACUUUAUUCCAUAAUCAAAUUCAGGAAGUUUGACACUGAUACAGUAUUAUUAUCUUUUCAAACAGGUGGUCUCACUGGGUCAGCUUUCCUAAUUCCUUUUGAUAGCCAAGCUGGUGCUCCAGAUAGCCUCUGUUCCUCUUUACUUUCUCCAGGAACUUUCUCAUGACAUGGAAGAACUUCAUCACUGGAAGGCAGAUUUUAUCCCCCUGUUUUCUUAGGUAUCUUAGGAACUGCUUUGCAUGUUCCCUCCUCACCUCAGUUUGGUUUUUGAAGAAUGUGAAAGGAGGCAUCUGCCUAUUCACUGUAAUAACAGAUGUAGAUAAAUAAAAAUGCUACUUGA